ACAUGUAUCUGUGCGUGUGUGUAUAUCAAAACUUAACCCUGUUUCACUGCGCAGCCAUUUGGUCACAGAAAGCUGCUUUCCUCGCUCCGCUCCACUCGGCUUUGUGGACGGCAUGGCUGAUCUCGCGCAUCGACAGUACCACGGCCAUCAUGGCCGCGGCAAAGGACACAAGUCUUACAUCAUCCAGCCCAAGUACAGGAGAGUUGUCAAAGAGAAUGUGGAGGAGUCCAGCUUCACGACCCUGGCGCUUGCCCACGAAGCCUUCGGUGGCGUCCAAGUCCAAGCGGACCAGCUGCAACAGUUGAGCUGGCUCGAUGGCCAUGGAGCACGGAGGCCCUUAGAAGCAGAUGAUGCCCAGCACUACUUACAGGGCAUUUUCCGGCACUUGCUGAAGGACAGUGCUGUGGUGAUGGUCCCAGAGGCGAGCUUGGCUCCGUUGUCCUUACAGGAGGAUGCUACAGAGCAUUUGACCUAUCGAUUGAUGAAAACACCUUGCAACAAGAUCGAAUGGCACGUGGAUUUGAUGGACAGCCAGCAUCUUUGCGUCACAGAGAUCGAAGAGUUGGCCCUGGGUUCGGAUAUCAUUUGGUCCAUGAGACGCCAAGGCCACGAGUUGGACGCGGAGGAGGCGCUCGGGUUGCUGGAGACGGUGCGACUGCUCCUUCCAGUGGCAUCCAAAGUGUCCCACGAUCCCGAAGACGAGUAUCUCACAGAACUUUUUCAGGAGGAUGCUUGCUAUUUCGAAGAGCAUGGAUGCUAUCCUCCAGACUAUUGAGUUGGCCUUGCGUGGCUGAGGAAGCUCCAAGGAUCUAAGCGCAUGACGCGUGGGCUUUCACAGAGUUUAAAGAAGAGGACAUCAGGCACAUCAAAGACGCAUGUUGCUCCUCGGUGGCGUGUACAGAAGUGUGUGACCAGUACAUAGCUUGCAAAUCCCACAGUGGCAGCAUGAACACUUCCCCCCUGCGGUGUUCCAGCACAAUACUCUUGGAUUCAACAGCUUAUUUCCUCCAACAUCAAGUGUGAUGCGUUUGGGUUGGUGCCAUGACCACCUACCAGAGGGCGGUGCUGGACACUGCGAAUGUAUAGAGGCCUAGUUUUUGCAAGGGGUUCAUUGGAACUAGCUGACUUCGGGCGGAGAAUUUGUUAGCGCCUGAACUGCUGUCUUUGGCGCCUUGCGCGUGUAGACCCCUGAGACCAGGGUUGGGGCUGUCAUUCUUUGCAACCAGGGG